AUGGCUGACACUACUUCUGCUACUAUCACCACUGCCACUGAGAAUCAAAUUCACCAUGUUAACAUGGCGAAUAUUACCAAACUCACUGCCUCCAAUUUCUUGAUGUGGAGUCGUCAGAUCCGUGCUUUGCUCGCCGGUUAUGGUCUCGCCGGCUACCUUGAUGUCACCACGGUGGCUCCUGAUUCCACUAUUCUUCGUGAAGUUCGCACCACCUCUAAUCCCGAGUACAAUCUUUGGCAACGUCAAGAUCAGCUUAUAGUUGCAAGUCUCCUCGGUACAAUCUCGGUUGAGAUUCAACCCAUCCUCUCCAAGGCUUCCACCACUACCGAGAUCUGGGCUCUUCUUACCUCUACCUAUGUGAAGCCUACAUGGGGCCACAUCAAACAACUUCGGGAACAGAUCAAGCAAUGGCGUAAAGGUACCAGAUCCAUUGAUGAAUAUGUUCAAGGUCUUGUCUCUCGAUUUAAUCAGCUUGCUACGAUGGGAAAACCGUACGAGCAUGAGGAGCAGAUUGAAUACUUACUUGGUGGUCUCCCGGAGAACUACAAGCCGAUUGUUGAUCAGAUAGAGGGACGUGACUCUCCGCCCACCAUGCCGGCUAUUCACGAGAAGCUUAUCAACUUCAAACUGAAGCUUCAGUCUCAAGCAUCUGCCACAUCGGUUGUUCCUGUUACUGCAAAUGUUGCUUUCAACAAGUCUUAUGGUCACUCCAAUAACAACAACUCCCGUCAUCAUCGCUACUCCUCUCGUGGCUCUUUGUCCUCUUCGUUACGUGGUGGUCACGGUAGAGGGUAUCAGGGACAAUGUCAGUUAUGUGGCGUGUUUGGUCAUAGCGCACAGCGAUGUUCUCAGUUGUCCACAUCGUCUCGUGGAUUUCAGCCCUCGGGUGGAAAUUAUUCUCCUUCUCCGGGGUCACAAGGUUAUCCUCAUGCUAACACCGCUACUAUCCCGUCUUAUAAUCCAGCUAACUUGGUGAUGGAUAGCGGUGCUACUCAUAAUCUCACCUCUGACCUCUCCAACCUCUCGCACCAUCAGCCAUACUCCGGUGGGGAAGAGGUCCAAAUAGCGAAUGGAUCCGGUUUAAAGAUUACUCAUACGGGUUCUGCUUUACUCCCUACACCAUCUAGUUCUCUUGCUUUAAAGGAUGUUCUAUAUGUUCCUGAUCUUUGA